AUGGGUCCCGUUCCAUUCUACGAUAUCAGCAUCGGCAGCUAUACCAAAGCUCUCCGAGUUCUUAUUCGCAUUCUCAAGGUGGCCUCGAAGCACCCAGAUGUGGCCACCUUUUUGGAUUCCCGGCUUGCACCCGAUAUGUACCCACUACUACUUCAGGUCCGAAUCGCUACCAGGCAUCCUGUUCGUCUGGCAGAGGCCUUGACUGGAAAGCAGCUGGUCCCGUGGAGCGAGACUGGGACCAACUGGGGCCAGCUGGAGAAGUCCUGGCCAGAAUUGAUUGCGCGUGUGGAAAAGACACUGGAGAUCCUGGCGCAAGUUGGACCCGAAGAGGCUGAGAUCAUGGCCGGCGACACCAAGCUACCCAUGCAGAUUGGCCCCGAGGAAAACGGUGCUGACGCGUUUCUCCAAAUGCCCGCUGCUGAGUUCACAAUGGCGACUGGCAUGCCUGAAACCCUCUUUCAUGUCUACAUCACUUACGCGAUUCUCCGGUCCAAGGGGGUCAAUCUUGGCAAAAAGGACAUUCUGAUACCAUUCCUGCCCGAUCAUGUCUUGAGUGAACUUCCAGAAACGCAGGCAAUUUGA